GUUACAUGGCACAUGUUCCGAAAGAAUCCCGUUCGAAAGAAAAUGAAACUGUGGUCUACAAAAUUAAAACUAAUUGUUUGCAUAUUGACUCCCAUCAUUUUUUCUCCUCUAGCAGCUUCUCCGUACAAAGAAUCAAAAUGUGCCUACAUAAUUUUGUGGAUGGCAGUCUACUGGGUGCUGGAGCCCGUUCAUCUGACGGUCACGGCGUUAAUGCCUGUUCCUUUGAUGCCAUUGUUCGGCAUUUUAGAUGCAACAGAGGUUACUGCUAACUACAUGAAGGAGGUACUUAUGAUGUUUCUUGGAGGAUUAGCAGUUGCUGUGGCUGUGGAGCAUUGCAAGUUGCACGAAAGGAUAGCCCUAAAAGUAUUGAUGCUGCUUGGAUCGGACACUAAAUGGCUUAUGUUAGGUUUUAUGAUGACUACUAUGUUUCUCUCAAUGUGGAUCAGUAACACCGCAACUACUGCCAUGAUGGUACCGAUUGUCAACGCAGUGAUGACUGAAAUAAAAAGCUGCGUUAAUCCAAUUAAUCCAUCGCCAUCUGAAGAAAAGAGCAUGAAACAGGCAAAUAUUUUGCACUCUACACUUUUGCUAAGCAUUGCCUACUCCGCAAACUGUGGUGGAACUGGAACAAUAACUGGGACUUCACCUAAUAUGAUUUUAAAAGGUUUCAUAGAAGAAUUAUUUCCCGAGAGCUCAGAGAUUACAUUCGCUUCUUGGAUGUUGUACAAUGUUCCAGGAAUGGUUAUAUGCGUUACAAUUGGUUGGAUAAUUCUUCAGUUGAUUUACAUUCCUUGCUGGAGAAAAGACAGUAAAGAAACAAAGCAGAGAAUAAAAAACGUCAUUUGUACCAGGUAUCGAGAGCUUGGCACAAUUACGUUCCAUGAAGCAGCUGUGUUUAGUUUGUUCGUAAUCCUAGUGUUCCUCUGGAUUUUCAGAGAACCGAAGUUUAUGACCGGCUGGGCCGAUAUCUUCUCCUCUGAAACACGCAUUGGCGAUGCUGUUCCAGUAAUAUUUAUACUUUUUCUGCUUUUCCUUCUACCAGCUGAACCGUGGAGAGCACAUGUCAGUCGUCCUUUACUCGAAUGGUCAGCCGUUCAGAAAAAGUUACCGUGGGGAUUGGUAAUAUUAUUGGGUGGCGGAUUUGCUCUUGCUCGUGGAACACAAAAAUCGGGUCUUUCAAAGUGGCUUGGAAAUCAGCUAGUACAAUUAUCAUUUUUAUCUCCAAGUGUGGUAGUGAUCUUACUUUGUGCCAGUACAGCAAUUUUGACAGAAAUUAUCAGCAACUCGACCGUGGCAACGAUUUUGUUACCAGUUGUCGCUCAAAUGGCAAUAGCUUUUGAAGUUCAUCCACUUUAUCUAAUGCUUCCAGUGACUAUAGCCUCAUCGUAUGCUUUUAUGCUUCCUGUCGCAACUGGUCCAAAUGCAAUAGUGUUCGACAGCGGUCAUAUGACAACAAUGGAUAUGGUUAAACCUGGAAUUAUCAUGAAUAUAAUUUGCUGCCUCAUCCAAAUAUUAAUGAUCAAUACACUAGGUUCUUAUAUGUUCAAUUUAGAUACAUUCCCAGCAUGGGCAGCAAAAAACGUUUCAAACAACUCGAUGAAUAUUACUAACUGA